AUGUCUGCCAAAGAUCUUUUAAUAUUAGUCACAGAUGGAGUGAAAGAAGAGAAGGUUGCAGUACCCAAUAAUAGUGUCAGCAACAGGUUAUUAUGUGGAAUUUUCAAAACGAAUAUUGUCGGUUUACAAUGUAUUGAUUCUAGGCCAAAUACUGAAAGCAUCUUUAUUGAUGAUGUUGCUGGUCAAUAUGCUGUAAUUGUAGAAGAACACUUGAUGUACAAAAUCAUUGUUGAGUAUAAAGGGACAACAUCUAAUGUUGAACCAAAAUUAACUGAAUCAAAUGCUCAAGCUAGUUCUGUACAUGCAACAAGAGAAAAAAUUCUUACACCAACGAACGAUAUUAGUAGAGCAGAAUUUAAUCAAUUAUUAUCAACAUUUGAUGAGAAGCUUAGGAAUUUAAGUACAAAUAUUGAUACAAAAUUCCAUAAUUUAUCAAAUAAACUUAAUUUGCUCUUUGAACUUGUUCAACCUACUAUUGGACGAGCAAUUAAUCCAUGGGAUGUAACUGCACGAUCGCAAGGUUCAUCUGGUAACAGCUUAUCAAAACAAGUUAUAAGCAAGUUUUAUAAUAUAGAUGAAAAUGAGUGUAUGAUUUGUGGUCCAUGUAAUGAUGUUGUAAAUGCUCAUAUAUGGCCAAAACAUACACAUGGUGAACAUUUAUUGUCAAUGUUUAAUUUAUCAAGUGAUGGUUUAAAUGAUCCAAGAAAUUAUUUAAGAUUAGCCAAAUCACUUGAACUUGCUUUUGAUAAUAAAACAUUAACAGUUAUUAUCCAAAAUGGACAAUUGCUACUAUAUGUAUUAGAUGAUAUGCUCAAAAAGCAACGAGUAUCUAAUACAAGAUACACAUUUAAAGAUUGUCAUUUAUGGCCAUUAAAAUUUGGAAAUUCAAAUCGACCAUUCUUCAGAAUUUUAGCGGCUCAUUGUAGAAAUUCUUUUAUUGAUGGAUUUCGUUUACAAAAGAUUAAUUAUGAAACAUACAAAUGGGGUUAUAACAGCUCAAUUAUUAUGUUAAAUACAUCACCUGAUGGGGCAAAAGCUAAAAUUUUUGAUUGGCUUGAACGAAAUGAAAAAAUGAUGAAAAAAAAAGAAAGAUCAUAA